CCCAGCGGCGCAGCCAUAUCUUUCCCCAGUGAACACCUAGAUGGAUUUCCAAUAUCGCGCCUGGCACGUUCGGGAGGGAGCCUCGGGCUCCUUGCGUGCUCCCAGCCGCGCGUCCUCCUUUCUGCAGUCUAUAUUCCUCUAGGAGACGCAGGGGGCUGUGGGCACUACAAGCUUUAUUAAGAGAUUCGCAAUGGUUUACUCAUGCCCCUAAAUCACUCCCGCCCGCGAAGAGCUGCCUGCGGUGCUGUAACGCAGAAUCUCCUAACGCACGGUUUUUGUCCUUCCUCCUCUUAACACGGCUCAGGGUCAGUUUCAGCGACUCUAAGAGUAUCUGCGUGGGCGCCUGUGCGGGGGUCCGGCCGAAAGAAAGGAGUUGGACUGCGAGAAGAACGUCACCGUGCCACCAGACCGCACAGGCACUUUGCACGGGCCAUCUACGCGGCAGUCUGGAGGUAGCGCGCCCUGGGUAAGGGGGGCCGAGAGCUUCCGCGGCGGGUCUGGACCGGCAGGGCUAGCGGGAGCGGGAGGUGGGGGCUUAGGGCCCCAGACAAUGGGAUGAAAGUGGAGUUGGGGGUCUCUCAGGACCGGGCAGCAACUGAGGGAAACUGAGAUGAACUCCAGACAUCUGUGCCCGGGGUCUGCUUCACUGGAUAGGAGCCGGGUGGGGUGGGACAGAGUCUACACCUUUGGUUCCCACCCACCCUCCAGGAAGGCGGAGAAACUCACACUUCUCCCUGAGGGACGGGUAUAGGGUACUGCAGAGGACACCCCCCCACACACCCCGAAGCAGCGGCUGGAGUUGAUCCUAGCACAGGACUGGGAAAGAAAAAAAAUUGGGCGAGAGGUGGUAAGCCACCUAUAUCGCCUUCCUCCCUCUUUCUUUCCCACACGCCUCCCUUUUCGUAGCUGCUGACGCGCUGGUGGUGUCUAUUAAUCAUUCACCAGCCCCCAGCCGCGCCACUUAAUGGCUGUGCGGAGCGGGGCUCCAGCCUCCUGGCCUCCCCUCUCCACGCUCGCUUGUGCCCAGGCGCCCCGGAGCUGCAAGCGGCUGCCGGCAAGCCGCCGCUGGGCAAUGCGCCCCGCCGGCGCCGGUCGGAGCCAAGCUCUCCACAGCCGCUGUGUGCUACCCCCAGGUGUCCCGCAGCAGUGAGCUGCCGGCAGGCGGGCGGGGUGCCUAGUGAGGGCGCAAGCGCCGGGGGCGCGAGGAGAGCGCCCCAGCCUCAGUAGCCCCAUCGGCCCCCAGCAGCUGAAAUGUUCCCCAAUGGCACUGCCUCCUCUCCUUCCUCUCCUAGCCCCAGCCCGGGCAGCUGCGGCGAAGACGGCGGCAGCAGGGGCCCCGGGGCCGGCGCUGCGGACGGCAUGGAGGAGCCAGGGCGAAAUGCGUCCCAGAACGGGACCUUGAGCGAGGGCCAGGGCAGCGCCAUCCUCAUCUCUUUCAUCUACUCCGUGGUGUGCCUGGUGGGGUUGUGUGGUAACUCCAUGGUCAUCUACGUGAUCCUCCGCUACGCCAAAAUGAAGACGGCCACCAACAUCUACAUCCUGAAUCUGGCCAUCGCCGAUGAGCUGCUCAUGCUCAGUGUGCCAUUCCUGGUCACCUCCACGUUGCUUCGCCACUGGCCCUUCGGCGCGCUGCUCUGCCGCCUCGUGCUCAGCGUGGACGCAGUCAACAUGUUCACCAGCAUCUACUGUCUGACUGUGCUUAGCGUGGACCGGUACGUGGCCGUAGUGCACCCCAUCAAGGCAGCACGCUACCGCCGGCCCACCGUGGCCAAGGUAGUGAAUCUGGGCGUAUGGGUGCUAUCGCUGCUUGUCAUUCUGCCCAUUGUGGUCUUCUCACGCACAGCGGCCAACAGUGAUGGCACGGUGGCCUGCAACAUGCUCAUGCCUGAGCCCGCUCAGCGCUGGCUAGUGGGCUUCGUGUUGUACACAUUUCUCAUGGGCUUCCUGCUGCCCGUCGGGGCCAUCUGCCUGUGCUACGUGCUCAUCAUCGCCAAAAUGCGCAUGGUGGCCCUCAAGGCCGGCUGGCAGCAGCGCAAGCGCUCGGAGCGCAAGAUCACCCUAAUGGUGAUGAUGGUGGUGAUGGUGUUUGUCAUCUGCUGGAUGCCUUUCUAUGUAGUGCAGUUGGUCAACGUGUUUGCGGAGCAGGACGACGCCACGGUGAGCCAGCUGUCGGUCAUCCUGGGCUACGCUAACAGCUGUGCCAAUCCCAUCCUCUAUGGCUUCCUUUCGGACAACUUCAAGCGCUCCUUCCAGCGCAUCCUCUGCCUCAGCUGGAUGGACAACGCCGCCGAGGAGCCUGUCGACUACUACGCUACCGCCCUCAAGAGCCGCGCUUACAGCGUGGAGGACUUCCAGCCGGAGAACCUCGAGUCCGGAGGCGGUGUCUUCCGUAAUGGCACCUGCACGUCUCGGAUCACGACACUCUGAGCCUUGGCCACGCAAGGACCCUGCACAAGGCAGGAGGAGGAAAAUGAGGAGGAAGGGAGGCCGGGUGCUAGAGUGAAAGUAUCCCAGGCGUCUGGGUGCUGUGGGGCAAAGUGGGGCUAAGACACUGUGUGCGAGUGGGGUGGAGAGACCCGGGAAAGUCGCGCGACAAAGGUGGAAUUGGGCACUUUGCUUAUAAAUUGGGAAGGCUAGCUGGCCCCUUUCUCCUCGUCUGGUACUUUCGCUCCCUCCUCCACUGCGCUUGCACUUCUGCGCCCCGCUAUGCUCCCCACUCUGUAACUUGGAUCUUUCCUUCCGCCCCGUCCUGCAGGUGCAGAUCAUGAACUCAUAAACGUCGUCAACUCAGCCUGACCCUCCGCCCGGCCAGCCGUAAUUUUUGUUUGAGCUGAGCCGCAGUUACCGCCACGGGUUUCCCACGGGGUGAGUCCCCGACUCGCCCUCAGCCCCUCCCUGCCGCGCCCCUCCGCUCGCCAGAUUCUGCUUGGUGCCCCUAGCGGAGUCUGGAGAAUCACCGCUCUCUGGGCUCAGUUCUGUUUGAAGGAGGACUCGGGAAUGAACUAGGCAGUUGGUCUUUUCUCCUACUCUCGGGUGAAGUCGUGCCCUUCCAAGAACCCUUUCACCGCUCGCACUCCACCCGGGGCGGAGCGAGGUGCUUAGUAAAAUCGGUCCCGCGCUUCGAACCCCAGGCAUUCUGCAGUCCCCAUCUGGAGCAAAAAGGAACGGACAACUAGCGACCCAGGAGUUUUCAGCAGAUUCCAGGGUUUGGCGGAGAAGGGGUUGUAAUAGAAACCACCCUCUUUUCAGGUUCACAACCAGCGCUUUUGAUUUCAAAGACCAAGCGCUGGGCACUCCUGGGACCACGCGGGUCUUGAGUUGGCCCCAUAGGGCAGAACGCACUUUCCCCGGGGCCGCCCGGGAGUCUGCCGCGGCGCGAGGAUUGCUCCCUCCCCUAAGCCGCCGGCGGCGCAGAUGUGAGAGCAACAACUGACUUGGUUUCCUGCUCCGGCUUAUCUCGGAGACCAGGCGCCGGGGCCGGGACCUCGGUGGCGCCUUUUGAGUCUUGGCCAAUCCCGAGCGCGCUGCUGCCGCCCGCAGGCUAAAGAGUGUGGCCUGCCUGGCCCCUGAAGGUUGCUGCCUUUCAAGCGGUGCCUAAUAAGUUAUUUUCUUGUUUAACACAUUUAUUUAUUUAUUUAUUUGUGAUGUUUGGAAAGGUGUCUCUGCUUUGCUUUUCUAUACUUGCCUAGCCCAGGCCCUUUCCUUCAGGACACUGGGGAUGGGGAUCGAGGUGGCAGUGGGGGGAGGCUUUCUCCCCAAAGACCCUCAAAACCUGUCCUCUUUGUUGCCCCCCCUUUUUUUAUCCUUCUAUUUUUGCUUGUAUUCAGUGAAGUUUGGAGAUUCUCUUAUACUUUUUCUUAUGUAGUCUCUUGUUUGUCUUAAUAGUAAAUACAUAAAUACAUAAAUGAUAACGUGGGUCAGCCACCUCCCUCCCGUGCAGAGUGGAAUGUCCUGAAUUCCUUUCAACAUCACCUUAUGUAUGGUUUUAUAUAUAUAUAUAUA